UUCUACAUUGGUGGAUUCUAGAAAGUUCACGGCUAAAUAAGACGAAUGCAGUCGUGUGUCUGUCUCAUAAAUUCUUCCCCAAGUUUUGUUAUUUCUCUGAUUCUCUCUACGCUCAUCACGUUUCAGAGUUGUCCAUUGUUCAGCUUAACAGAGACCCUGCAGACAAGGCAUUGUAGCUUUUGAAACUUGAGUUUCUGUUUGAUACUUUUGAUUGUGAAAAAUGGCAGAGGAGGGUCACAAGGUGAGUUUACAUGUGUAUGACCUAAGCCAUGGGCUAGCUCGUCAGCUCUCCAUGUCAUUUUUGGGAAAAACUAUCGAGGCAAUAUGGCACACAGGAGUAGUGGUAUAUGGUAGAGAGUAUUAUUAUGGAAGGGGAAUACAAGAGGUUGUGGCUGGAACAGCUCCAUAUGGGACUCCAAUGAGAGUGGUGGAUCUUGGUAUCACUCAUAUCCCAAAAGAUGUUUUUGAGAUGUAUUUACAGGAGAUAACCCCUCGAUACACAGCAGAAAGUUACAGUUUAUUGGCACAUAAUUGUAAUAACUUCAGUAGUGAAAUCACACAGUUUUUGGUAGGCAACAACAUUCCAGACUACAUUCUUAACCUUCCCAAUGAAGUCACAAGCAGUCCAAUGGGUGCUCUUAUUAUGCCCAUGAUACAAAAUCUAGAGACUACAUUGAAAGCGGGUGCAGUCCCCCAAGCUCCCCAGUUCAGGCAAUCUCCAGUAACAAACCAAGUCAACCGGUCAACAGAUACAGAAAGUAGUAAAAUUCAAGCCUCAAAGGAGCAAACUAGUGGGAAAGAUGAAGAUGCAAAGCCAAAAGUGGAUCCUCUUGGAGAUGCUAGAAGCAAGUUGCAGGAAGAAAUCGGGAAGGAGUUUGCUGCAAUCAUGGCGACUGGAACAUUUCGUGCAAGUGAGGCUGCGGCUCUUGCAACUAAGAAGGUCAUGCAAAAAUAUGGGCACAUCAAUAUGAAUGCUGCACAGAGCUGAUACUCAGGUUCCCCAAUUCUUCACAAAUAAAAUGUACGUUUUGAAUAUUUCGUGGUCGUUUUUAAUUUUACAAAAUUGAUUGAAAGUA